GAUCUCAUCACUCACACAAUAAUCUUUCUCUCUCUCUCUCUCCUCUUAUCUCUCUUUUCCCAAUCCUUUUUGUCUGAAUCUGUAGCUAACCAUGUCGGAGAGACCAAGCCGUCACCAGAGAAGACCUUCUCAGAGCGUUUUUCCGAUCUCCCUUGACGAUCUCUCCGAUAUCUCUCUCGCAGCAAAUCCUCCUUCCUCCGUUCCUACUAACCCGCCGCGCCACCAGAUCCCUCCGCCGUCUCCGGCAGCUCCUCCGGUAAACCGUAGCAACAAUGACGACAAUGUUAGCAAGGAUCACAAAGGGAACGCCUCUUCUAAUUAAUUAAUAUCGCUUUUUUCUUUGUUUUUUAAUAUAAGUUUCAGCCCUUUAAUUAUCGCAUAAGCCUUUUUUUCUCUUAAUAAUCAGAUUUUGUCUUUCUUUACUCGUGUAUGAUAAAUGAAUCAAUCGUAAUUUC